AUGUUGUAUGGUCCUCGUAGAAGGCAAUGUUAUUUUCAGGGUUUCGAAGGACUUCGCGGAUUUCAAUUUAUACCAAGUAACUUUGAAGGUAACAAGGAAACAACGAUCGUCGAUGGAAACAAGAGGUGUUAUUUUAAUGAAAAUACAAGUUACAUACUAUUAAAAGUUGAAGGGGACGACAUAGAUCCGAACGCAUUGAAAGGAUACCGCCGCCCCGGUAUACUAAGACGCACACAAAUUAAGCAAGGGAGACAGACUGUUGAUUUAAGAGGUCCUUUUACUUGCUCUGCGACAUUGGCCUUGCGACCAGAUCUUCAAUGUCAGGAGAUGUUUUUCAACUGUUGCGAAUACUCUCUUCACUAUCGCGAAGAACACACAAAGAGGCGGAAGGCGGCCUUGCGCUGCCAAGUCUGCGAGAAAAGUCUAUACAAAGAGUUUGAGGAGUCAAAGCCUGCGGGUUUACAAGAAACAACAUCGACUAUAGCAUUUUCUUGUCGUAUUUGUGGGGAGAAUUUUAUGUCUAGUUCCGAUCAAGAGGAACACAAUCGUAUCUUUCAUAUGAAAAUGAAGCCGCAUCAGUGCUCUAUUUGCGACAAGCGAUUCACGCAGCAGGGCGGGCUGCAGCAGCACAUGCGCAUGCACACUGGCAUACGUCCCUACGAGUGCACCUUCUGUCCGAAAGCAUUCACACAGAAAGCGGGCCUCGACCAGCACAUCCGCACCCAUACGAAAGUAAAACCGUUCAAGUGCGUCAUCUGCAGCAAGUGUUUCUCGCAGUCGGUGCACCUUCGGCAGCACAUGCGCACGCAUACCAACAUCCAACCGUUCGAGUGCCGCGUGUGCGGUCGCCGCUUCAAGCAGAGCAGCCACCUCAAGUUCCAUAUGCGCUCGCACCUCGACGACGGCGACGUUGUCAUCGAUGUGGACACUUAUACGCACACCGUUCUGCCACAGAGCCAGAUGGACUUUUUGAAUAUCGCCAACAUACAGGAAGUGCAAGAUGGCGACACCAAGUACUACGAGGCUAAGCUCAACGAACCGGCCGCUCCCACCGCUGCAGACAUUCGCUCCGCUCUACUGCUACCUAACAACCUUCCAUUCUCAGUGUAG